CCAGGUGAGAGCCUGGUCACUCCUCCCUCGGACCUCAGCUCCUCCGACCAGAGUCGCUGCCAGUCCUCUCUCGCUAUGACUUCCUACAGCUAUCGCCAGUCCUCGGCCGCCUCGUCCUUCGGGGGCCCGGGCGGCGGCCUGAUGCCAGGAAAAGGGAGUUUGGCCUGGGAGGGAUCUGGUCCACCCCGGGCCAGCCCUGCCUCGAGCUGCUCCCUGUCCCCCCGCCGCCCCCCCUCCCCUGUGGGGCCUCUGCUUUUCUUGUCUCUGGAGGACCAAGGCCAGAUUCUUGGUGCCACCAUAGAGAACUCCAAGGUUGUCCUGCAGAUCGACAAUGCCCGUCUGGCUGCGGAUGACUUCCGAACCAAGUACGAGACGGAGCUGAACCUGCGCAUGAGCGUGGAGGCGGACAUCAACGGCCUGCGCCGGGUGCUGGACGAGCUGACGUUGGCCAGAGCCGACCUGGAGAUGCAGAUCGAAGGCCUGAAGGAGGAGCUGGCCUACCUGAAGAAGAACCAUGAGGAGGAGAUCAGUGCUCUGAGGGGCCAGGUGGGUGGCCAGGUCAGCGUGGAGGUGGAUUCCGCUCCUGGCAUUGACCUAGCCAAGAUCCUGACCGACAUGAGAAGCCAAUAUGAAGUCAUGGCUGAGAAGAACCGGAAGGAUGCUGAAGCCUGGUUCACCAGCAAGACUGAGGAGCUGAACCGGGAGGUCGCUGGCCACACAGAGCAACUGCAGGUUAGCAAGACGGAGGUCACCGACCUGCGCCGGACCCUCCAGGGGCUGGAGAUCGAGCUGCAAUCUCAGCUCAGCAUGAAAGCCGCCCUGGAAGGCACGCUGGCGGAAACGGAGGCGCGCUACGGGGCCCAGCUGGCCCAGAUCCAGGGGCUGAUCAGCAGUAUCGAAGCCCAGCUGAGUGACGUGCGCGCUGACACCGAGCGGCAGAACCUGGAGUACAGGCAGCUCAUGGACAUCAAGACGCGGCUGGAGCAGGAGAUCGCCACCUACCGCAGCCUGCUCGAGGGCCAGGAUGCCUACUACAACAACCUGCUCACCACCAAGACUGCCUGAGCCCAGCAGCCUCCGGGGCUUCCUGCUUCCAGCUGAGGGAUGGAUGCGCCUGGGUGGGGGGAGGGGAGGGGAGGGACCCUUACCCCUGGCUCUUCCUUUGACCUGUCAAUAAAAUGUUAUGGCUCAAGGGAG